AUGAACGCAUCUCUCCCCCCAUGGAGCGUCGAUAAUCUGGAAAAUGCCACGCCACCGCUGCCAUUCACCCGCAGCAACGCAGAUCCCCGCCGGCCUCUGGCUGGAAUAAAAGUCAUCGAACUCUGCCGCAUCAUUGCAGGCCCCAUUAUAGGCCGGAUUCUGAACGAGUAUGGGGCGGACGUCCUCAAAAUAACCAGCCCCAAUCUCAGCGACGUUCCCUUCUUCCAGGUGGACGGAAACAUGGGCAAGCAUGCAGCCGACCUUGACCUGAAGAACCCCGAGGGCAGACGCGUGUUUGAAGAACUAGUUGCCGAGGCGGAUGUUGUUUUGGAUGGUUAUAGGCCUGGGGCUAUAGAGAAGCUUGGAUACGGAAAGGACUUCUUCGCCGCGCUGGCAAAAACGAGAGGCUAUGGGAUAGUGGUCGUCAAUGAAAACUGCUUUGGCUAUGAAGGCGAGUGGGCACAGAGGCCCGGGUGGCAGCAGAUUGCGGACUGUGUUACUGGUGUUGCAUGGGAGCAAGGCAAGUUCAUGGGCCUGGACGAACCUGUAGUCCCCCCAUUUCCCAUUUCCGACUACGGCACAGGCUGCAUGGGAGCCAUCGCUGCACUGACGGGGCUGUAUAACCGGGCAGUCGUGGGCGGUUCAUGGCACGGAAAGGUGUCACUCGUGCAAUACGACCUCUUACUCUUCAAGGCCGGGCUGUAUCCCCCAGAAAUACAAGACCAGCUCCGUGCGAUUGCAGGAGAGGACUUCCUCAAGCUGCGGCAUAGUCACAGCGUGGACCAGAUCUCCGGCACGGCUCUACGGAGAUUCCGCGAACGCUUCCCAGACCUGGUAAACCAGGCGACCUACUGCGAUGCUUGGUACUCCCAUGCCUAUCGUAACGUUGUAGCGGCCGUCAAGCCGGUCGUGGAGAUAGAAGGGAUCAGAAUCGGUUUCCGGCGAGGAAGCAGGCCAAAUGGGACGGACAAGCCGACCUGGGAUUUUGGGAUAGAGGAAGAUUACAGGGUGGCUGUGUGA